AUGAUACCCAUCCCCGUCACUCCCGACCCCGUCAUCUCCCCACCCCAGCCAUCCUUCCGUCAUCUCCCCAUCCCCGUCAUCUCCCCAUCCCCGUCAUCAUCCCCAUCCCCGUCAUCAUCCCCAUCACGUCAUCCCCCCGUCAUCAUCCCCAUCCCCGUCAUCUCCCCAUCCCCGUCAUCUCGAUCCAUCCUUCCGUCAUCUCCCCAUCCCCGUCAUCUCCCCAUCCCCGUCAUCCCCAUCCCCGUAAUCAUCCCCAUCCCCGUCAUCCCCCAACAUUUCCCCAUCUCCGUCAUGCCCUGUCAUCUCCCCGUCAUCUUCCCCAUCCCCGUCAUCCCCAUCCCCGUCAUCCCCAUCCCCGUCAUCACCACGUCAUCUCCCUGUCAUCUCCCCGUCACCAUCCCUAUCCCCAUCAUCUCCCUGUCAUCUCCCCGUCAUCAUCCCCAUCCCCAACAUUUCCCUGUCAUCUGCCCGUCAUCAUUCCCAUCCCCGUCAUCAUCCCCAUCACGUCAUCCCCCCGUCAUCAUCCCCAUACCGUCAUCAUCCCAAUCCCCGUCAUCUCGAUGUCAUCACCCCCAUCCCUGUCAUCAUCCCCACUCCCGUCAUCCCCAUCCCCGUCAUCUCCCUGUCAUCUCCCCGUCAUGA